UACAAAGUGACAGUUGAGGUUGACACUUGUCCGCUUGUGUUUUUGUUUACUUUUGUUUUUAGAGUCUUGAUUUGAAAUUCAAACAAUUUGAAAAAAAAAAUUAGCAAAGUAUUGUUUUUUAGUAACACGACAUUAUAAUAAUGGUAACACAAUCGGGAAAUUCGUAAUUACCCUUUUGAAUUGUUAAUUAAAAACUCGUAAUGUUAUCUAUUAUUUUAAUCACGAUUAACAAUAAUUUAAUUGUUGACAAUUAUCAACAUUCAUUUGUUUUGAUUAUUUAAUUCUAACCUAGAAAUGUUAAAAUUCUUAUUAUUUUUAUUCAAGUGUAUUUUAUUGACUUCCGCUUUUAAUGGUGAUUUACAAAUUAAAGAAUUAGGAGAAGAACAAUAUCAUAUUAUAAAAGCGAAAUCAACUUUACCACAACAUGGCAUUUGCUGGCAUGAAGCAUUAAAAGCCAUCAAAGGAAACUGUGAAAAAUUAAAUGAUCAUGAACACUCAAUAUUAGCUCUUUACUUAGCAAAUUGCUUUUUAGAAGAUUCUGGCCAUGUGACAUAUUCUUGUCAUCUCAGCAAAACUGGAAGCGAAAGACGAAAGUGCAUUAAUAAAAUGACCGAUCGUGCUUUUGGAGUAUACAAUGAAUUUUACACUCACACUUCUCAUGUUUGUUUCUUUUUGAGUCAUGAAAUUUGGCAAGCGGAAACGGAAUCUACAAUAAAACACUUGUAUAAGGCAUCAACUCACAUGAAAGAGCAAAUUUCCGAGGCUGCAAAAAUGCAAAGUGUAGUUUUAGAAAGACAAAAAGAGGGAUUAGAAAUGCAAAAUCAACUUCUGGACAAUGGACUUAAAUUAGAGGGUGUUAUACAAAAUUCAGCUGAAACUGUAAACAAUAUUGUCAGUGAUUUCAAAGAAUCGGCUCGAGAUCAAAAGGAAUUGUUGUAUCAAAUAUUUUCCUAUAUUCGUACAUUUCAAAAUUGGAUUAUCGGCGAAGUGUCUUGGUUUCAGUCAAUUAUUUACUAUAUUAUCUCUUGCAUUUUUGCGGCUCUAUUUAGUGCAACGAAAAAGACAUUAAAUUCUCGAAUUUCUCUCUUUACAGUAUUGAGUUUCAAUAUUAUUAUUGAAAGAAUGCUUGUUAAUUUUUAUGCUAAUGACGAAAAUAAUUUACACGACGAUAAGAUACAACUUUUACAUUCAACUUGGAUGGUUCGGAAAUGUUCACUAUUCCUUUGUUUUUUGACUCUAUUUUAUUCAUAUUUUUCAUAUAAAGAUGAACAUUUGGAAAAUUAUAAAGUCCUACAGCGUAUUGAAAGUCAACUACAAGAUUUAAAUGAACUUAAACCCAUAAAAACAACACACGUUCUUCGAUUCUCUGAACGUUUGGCUAUUAAACGCUUGACAACAACAGCUGACAAUACUUCUAUUAAAUAAUAAUUAGCAAAAAAUUAAGUUAAAUAAAAUUUAAUAAUUGUAAAUAUGAAUUAAAUUUCAAAUUAUUUUUUAUUAUAUAUAUAUUUAAUAAUUUGAUACUACAAGAUAGGUUUUUUUUUAAAAACUAAUUAAUGGAG